AUGAGAAGAAGACAUGGAUUCCAUUGCCUCCACAUCAUAUGUUUAAUAUUCUAUGCUCCUAGUGCGUUAGCGAAUAAAUACUACGGAAAAGCAGUUCAUAUCCCGGGGAAUAUUACCCUCGGAGGGUUGUUCCCGAUACAUUCACAAGACAAGAAUGGUGAAUGUACGAGUAUAAAUGGAGUAUUGGGCAUACAAAGACUUGAGGCGAUGCUGUAUGCUUUACAGCGUAUAAACAAAGAGGGGAUUAUACUACCUGGGAUAAAGAUCGGUUUGAGCGCGUUUGACACAUGCUCUAGUGAAACUACCGCACUGGAUCGCACUGUGGAAGAAUUUAUUACCGACCACAAAUGCGGUUCGGAAGGAGACAAAGGGGCUAUCGGUGGACGACAAGUUGUAGGCAUUGUAGGACCCCUCUAUAGCUCUGUUUCUGUACAGGUGGCUCAUUUGCUGCGUCUCUUCAAAAUGCCUCAGAUAAGUUAUGAUUCCACAAGCUCUGAGCUCAGUGACAAGACGAAGUAUAAGUAUUUUCUAAGAACGGUGCCGUCUGACUCUCUCCAAGCUCGAGCCAUGGCGGAUAUACUCGAUCACUUUGGGUGGACUUACGUGUCAGCUGUGUACAGUGAUGAUAACUAUGGACGUAAAGGGAUUGAAGCACUGAGUGUUGAGACAGAGAAGAAAGGUAUAUAUCUGGAUAUUUUUAUCGUUGAUAUCUUUCAAAAGACGUCGUCUUCCUCUCGGCAUUAUAACUUACGAAGCUCUUCCACUAAACUCUAUUUGCCUAAUCCUAAAGGCUAGUUUACACAAUCGAAGUUUCUAUGAUCACAGACAGUAUGAAUUUUGCAUAGGUAAAUUAUAGGUUUUCAAGAAUUUGUAAGAAAUGUUUGAGGGAAUUGACUCGGUGUUAAACACAGACUGUCUAUAACGGCUACUGACAUCUGACGAUCAAUAGUAAAAUUUUAUUUUAAACAGUUGACACGUUUUCAUCAUAGACACUAUAAAAACAUUAGUCAAUCAUCAGUUAGCUCUGUCCUGAGGCAUUAAUUAGUCACUUAAAUUUAAUUUCCCAUAUAGGUAUUUGUAUCGCAGUACGAAAAACGAUCCCGUAUCAUGCAGACAAUAAGACGUUUGAGGCGAUUAUAAGAAGACUUCUGGCUGAAAAGCAGGCGCGUGUAAUCAUCGUGUUCUGUAGCAAGAAAGAAACUAUCAUAUCACUUCUUCGAGCGGCCAAAGCACAAAACGCCGUAGAUAAAUUUCAAUGGAUCGGUUCAGAUGCUUGGAUUACAGUAAGCUGGCUGGGUGAACUUCAACCGCUUGUUCGCGGUCUCAUUUCGGUUCAACCUGCGUCCGACCCAAUUGACGAAUUCCAGAAAUAUCUAUUUCAGAGAGUGCCAAGUUCGAGUGAUGUUAAUCCGUGGUUUCAAGAAUACUUCCGUCAAACCGUGAAAUGUAAUACGCUGUCUUACAUAGGCCCAGACGACUACCCGCGCUGCAAUUCACAGCAUACAUUGCGCAAUGCGAAUUUCACAAUUGAUAACGGCGUGACGCGCACUAUUGACGCAGUUUAUGCGUACGCGCACGCACUUCAAGAAAUUCGCGAAUCAAAGUGCGGCGAAUCUCCCAUAAUUUGCGAUAAAAUGAAAGAGACUUCGGGCGAAGAUAUGUUAAAAGCUUUGAAGAAUGUCACGUUUGAAAGCAUCAAUAACAAGAGGAUUUUCUUUGAUAAAAACGGUGAUGUACGCGCCAGGUACGAUAUUUACUACUUCAACCAAACUGCGGUUAAUAAAUAUCAAAAUGUUCGUAUUGGUAAAUGGAUAGAUAAUCUGACUAUGCAUCCUAUUGCAAAGAACGCAUUCAAGCCAACGAAUUCAUUUUGUGGUAAACAAUGUAAAAGUAACGAGGUGAAGUUUGGUAUACCUGGGAAGCCAUCUUGCUGCUGGGAGUGCAGGCCAUGCACUGGAAAUAAGUUCGCAUUCAAUCAAACGUCUUGCAAGACAUGCGCCCGCGGUUUCUGGCCACACAACGAUAAACAGCGGUGCGUUCCGUUACCUCCACGAUACUUCACGUUAAAUACAGAUUAUGUAGACUUGUACUUAGUACUCCCGCCUCUGGUUGUGUCUAUUCUUGGAUUUAUAUCCGUGGUAUAUGUCGCAAUUAUCUUCGCGAAAUACAACCAGACGCCUCUGGUCAAGGCCUCCGGACGCGAGUUGUCAUACUUGUUAUUAACCGGUUUAUUUUUCUGCUAUACCAUGCUUAUAGCCUGUCUUCUAAAACCCUCACCGUACGUAUGUCUGGUUGAGUUCCUUUUGGACAGCCUGCCGUUUACAAUAUGCUACGCUGCCGUAAUCGUAAAAACCAAUAGGAUCUCAAGAAUUUUUAACCGUCGAAAUUUGACCAAACGUCCGCAGUUCAUUCAUCCGCAGUCACAAAUCUGUUUCUCGUUUGUGCUGAUUGCCGUACAAGUAAUGCUUCUCACAGCCUUUUGUCUUCUUCAGUUACCACGAGAGAAAUAUUGUAUCUAUCAGAUUCGGACGUUGUACUCAUAUGCGCUAUCUCUGAUAAAGACUUCCUACUCUCGCAAAUUUAUAACUUCGUGUUGAUCAUUGUAUGCACAUACUAUGCGUUCAAGACACGGCGGAGUCCUAUGAAUUUCAACGAAGCAAAGUAUAUCGCGUUUGCGAUGUAUUGCACAUGCGUACUGUGGUUGGCAUUUAUUACAGUGUAUCUCGUACAGACUGACGUCAUGCUGAAGGCGUGUAUACGAUGCCUCAGCAUAUCCCUCAUUGCCACUAUUCUUCUCGUGUGUCUCUUCGUUCCCAAGGUGUACAUUAUCAUAUUUAAACCGUCGGAGAACAGGAAACGGCCAACACUACCAAGUCAUAGUGUGUCCAGUCUUAACGGGGAGCAAACUCCGGCGAGGUCUCAUGCCACAUUGCCUAUCGAAGUAAAUAAUUCGAGGUAAGAUUCUUAUUAAUGUACAUAGUCGAACUUUUUACAAACACCUCUCUAAUACGAACACAUUUCUGACUAAUACGGACAUCUCCCUAAUACGGACACCAUCUCUGAUACAGACACAUCUCUAAUAGGGACACCUCUAUGAUACAGGCACCUCUUUAAUACGGACACCUCUCUAAUACGGACACCUCUCUAAUACGGACAUCUCCCUAAUACGGACACCAUCUCUGAUACAGACACAUCUCUAAUACGGACACCUCUAUGAUACAGGCACCUCUUUAAUAGGGACACCUCUCUAAUAGGGACACCUCUCUAAUACGGACACCUCUCUAAUACGGACACCUCUCUAAUACGGACACCUCUCUAAUACGGACACCUCUCUAAUACGGACACCUCUCUAAUACGGACACCUCGCUAAUACGGACACCUCUCUAAUACGGACACCUCACUAAUACGGACACCUCACUAAUACGGACACCUCUCUAAUACGGGCACCUCUCUAAUGCAGACAUCUUUCUAAUACGGACAUCUCUGAUAAAGACACAUCUCUGAUACAUGCACUUCUCUAAUACGGACACCUCUCUAAUACAGACACCUCUCUAAUACGGACACCUCACUAAUACGGACACCUCUCUAAUACGGACACCUCUCUAAUUCGGACACCUCUCUAAUAUGGACAUCUCUGAUACAGACACCUCCCUAAUAUGGACACAUAUCUAAUACAGACACUUCUCUAACACAGGCACAUCUCCAUUACAGGCACCUCUCUACUACAGACACCUCUCUAAUACAGACACUUCUCUAAUACAGACACCUCUCUAAUACAGACACUUCUCUAAUACAGACACCUCUCUAAUACAGGCACCUCUCUAAUACAAACACAUUUCUAAUACAGACACCUCUCUAAUACAGGCACAUCUCUAAUACAGACACAUCUCUAAUACAGACACAUUUCUAAUACAGACACAUCUGUAAUACAGACACUUCUCUAAUACAGACACCUCUCUAAUACAGACACUUCUCUAAUACAGACACCUCUCUAAUACAGGCACCUCUCUAAUACAAACACAUUUCUAAUACAGACACCUCUCUAAUACAGGCACAUCUCUAAUACAGACACCUCUCUAAUACAGACACUUCUCUAAUACAGACACCUCUCUAAUACAGGCACCUCUCUAAUACAAACACAUUUCUAAUACAGACACUUCUCUAAUACAGACACCUCUCUAAUACAGGCACCUCUCUAAUACAAACACAUUUCUAAUACAGACACAUCUCUAAUACAGACACAUCUCUAAUACAGACACAUCUCUAAUACAGACACAUCUCUAAUACAGACACCUCUCUAAUACAGACACCUCUCUAAUACAGGCACCUCUCUAAUACAGACACCUCUCUAAUACAGACACUUCUCUAAUACAGACACCUCUCUAAUACAGGCACCUCUCUAAUACAAACACAUCUCUAAUACAGACACAUCUCUAAUACAGACACAUCUCUAAUACAGACACAUCUCUAAUACAGACACAUCUCUAAUACAGACACCUCUCUAAUACAGACACCUCUCUAAUACAGACACUUCUCUAAUACAGACACUUCUCUAAUACAGACACCUCUCUAAUACAGGCACCUCUCUAAUACAAACACAUCUCUAAUACAGACACAUCUCUAAUACAGACACAUCUCUAAUACAGACACAUCUCUAAUACAGACACAUCUCUAAUACAGACACCUCUCUAAUACAGACACCUCUCUAAUACAGGCACCUCUCUAAUACAGACACGUCUCUAAUACAGACACUUCUCUAAUACAGACACCUCUCUAAUACAGGCACAUAUCUAAUACAAACACAUUUCUAAUACAGACACAUCUCUAAUACAGACACUUCUCUUAUAUCAUAAUAAUACCUCUCUAAUACGAAUCUGCUCCACGAUAGUGGUUAGUGACACUUGCCUAUAUAUUCCAUUGUCAUAAUAAAUGAAAAAUAAAUGAUCUCUUCAGAUACUGGAGGUAGGACAUGUUCAAUGACAGAGUAAGACAUGUACUAUUUUUUCUGUAACCAGGGCUUUAGAUUGCCCACAACACGAUGGUGCGUUUCCCAGAGGAUCAUACAGACCAAGAAGUUCAACAGAUCCUCGGAGAUUUGAUAACGACAGAAGAACAUGGCGAUAUUCGUUGCCACCAGAUCAAUUUUCUCACUCGACUGAACCACGGAAACCGGAAAGAGAGGAAGAAAUGGAGAUAGAAAUGAAAGCAUUGAUCGAAAGGUAAAUAAAAGUGAAAGGUAUACUUAGGAGGAUCUAAUGUUUCCUUGCAGCUGAGAGCUGAAUAGACACAGCUUAGCCUAUUGCUUCCAACGUGCGACCAAUAUCUGACCACGAAGCGCAGCUAAGGUGGAAGGGUUACUUUUUGAGGGAAGAAAAACGGACGAUCCGGAGAAACAGUCGCGGCACAGGAGAGAACCAACCACAAAUCUACUUAUAGCUAAAUUUUCAAGCACAUUAAAUCAGUGGAGGGUAGUUAUCCAUCCUAAAUAAUACUCUACUCCCAACCUACUGUAGCAGGGUAGCUGAGCGUUUUUAGCAGUGCGCUAACUAAAGAUAGGUUUUCUUUAAAGGCAAUACACUUUACUGUUUAUUGCACUUUUGUGGAUUAGUUUCUCCUUGAUCUUUAGCCCAAUCGCAAACCUUAACCUUAGGGCGCUUUCCAUUAACACGGCCAGACCGGUCAGAACGGUCAAAUUGUUGAAUGGAACACAAAACAUUUGGGCUUCGGACCUAUAUGACUGGAAAAUUUAGAUAACAUUAGAAUGAGGUUCAUUUUCGCUAGAUAUUUGAGAAACAUAGACCAGAUGUUUCCAUUGAUACGGAGAAAAGUAUUCAGGUCUGACCGGUCAAGCCAUUAAAUGGAAAGCGCCUUUACUAUGCACGAAGCAUUAGGAAAUAACCACAUGAAAACGAGGCCAUUGAGGCAAAAGUGCAAUAAACAGUACAGUCUAUUCAGCGACUGAAGGACGUCGAUCUAAUAGCUUUUGUUACUAAUUUCGGUCACGUAAUUUUUACCUACGUACCAAUCGUUAACAAUUAUAAUUUACUCUAGACUGGCAGUUCUGGAAUCACUUCUUCACCAGCAGCGACAGACGGCUGGUUCCUUCCAAACUCGCGAGAUUCAAGGUGCUUUAAAGUCCUGUCAAAGUCUUAUGGCUGAAGUAAAAGGACACAGCAACUGUUCAAUACCAGAAUGCGUUGAGAAUUGUACUGGUGAUCACUGCUCAUGUACACCACAGACCUCAAACUGUACCAAGCCUGAUAACAGAAGCUUACUGAUGACCUAUGCACAAACUCCUAAAGGUCCACAGAGUUCAAAAGAUCCGGAAAUCGCAACAGCACAGCAUAAGAAGCCUAAUGGGAAUGUACUUACCGUACCGAAUUCUAGAGGGAUAUUUAAGAACUCCAAAGACAAAAAUGAUAAGAUGGGGUUACUACAAUACCAAAUGUCUCCACUGAAACGUAAAUCAGCUUCAGAAGCGUAA